CGCCCUUCGGAGGACGGCAGAAACUGUGGAGGGAUGAGACGGGCGAGGGGUAGCCCCGGUGUGCGAGGGACGUGUGGGAACAAGGGAGCCGGGCUCGGAUCUCUGGGCCGGCAGGAUUCCUGCUUCGCUGGAGUCCCAGCCUGCCAAUGUAUUCUGAAAGAACUGGAAUCGUUGGGGAAAGCACUGUAUGGAGCAAAAUUAAUUGCCCAAAGAUUUCAGGUUCGAAACUGUUCUCACCACAAGGAUCCUGUGAGUGGUUCAGCCUGUUUAAUUUCCAUGAUCGAAGAAGGCAACCCUCAUCACUUCUUUAUCGCUACACAGGACCAGGAUUUAGCAAACAAAGUCAAAAAGAAGGCCGGUGUUCCUCUCCUUUUUAUUAUUCAGAACACUAUGGUGCUAGACAAACCUUCUCCUAAAUCUUUGGCAUUUGUUCAAAAGUUGCAGACAAAUCAGCUUGUUCCAGAGCACCACAAACAAAGUAUUGUGCAGCUUAAAGAAAAAGAAGGUCUAGCAAAGCAAGAAGGUGAAAAGAGAAAAAAACGUAAAAGGGCAGGUGGCCCCAAUCCUCUCAGCUGUCUGAAGAAAAAAAAGAAGAAAACACAGGAGGGUCAGGAACCUUCUGCUGAAAAGAAUAAAAGAAGAAAAAGGAAGCGAAAGAGAGUUAAAGCAGAAGCUGUGCAGUCAGUGCAGAAGAAUGAAGAAGAGUAAACCCAUCUUUGUAAACUGCAGGACUUCAACAUUGUUUGAACUUUGCAAAAAGAAAGAUUAAUGUGCAACCAUGUGAAAUCAAGUUAUUAAUAUUAAAACUUAUUUUUAUGA